AUGGACCACCGCCGCCCAGAGUCCGCGACCAGCACCACCUCCCAUCACUCUCACAAACGGGCCGCGUCGAGGAAGCUUGCAGACGUCACGAGCAAACCGACUAGCGACUCCGCCGUUAUUAAUCUGUUUGUCAAGAAUGUCCGGCUAUUGAAUCUGGACCUCCUCCCAGAUUGGCCUGCCAUCACCCCCUCCAGCUUCAGCAGUCUCGAUGCUCGCGCGCGGAUUCGGUGCACCGAGUGGUGUCUAUAUCAACUGUUCCAGGUCUACGACCCGGCGACGACGCAGGACAAACUGCAGCCUUUCUUCCCGCCGUUGGAGCCUUUGCAGAGCAUCAACCUCCGCGCGGCGCUGUACAGAUGUCUGAACGAGUUGAAGAAGAAUGGGGUGUUGGGGAGGGAGACGGUGUUGAGGAAGUCGAUGCUGGACGAUUGUCAGGGUGACAAGUUCUGGGAGUUAUGUUUGUCCUUCUCGAGUAUUGUGCUCAGGAAGGUUACAGUGGACAAACAGAAUAAGAAUGGUACCCCUAUUGCUGAGAGGAUUGCUACUGCGGAGAGUUUGCGAAAGAGUCAAAGGGAGAGCAUGCUGCCGCUAGCUAUUGCGCAUAGGGCUGCGUUGACGAGAGUGUUGUCUGAGAAGGAGCGCAAGAGACAGACCUUUGGGAGAUUGUAUCAUGUCAUGAUGGACAAGGAGAUUGAUCUGAGGGAGAGAAAAGGGAUAGUCCAGGAGCGGGGACGAGGUCGGUCACAGAAGAAGAGCAUUGUCGCCGAGGAAGUGCUGGAGAAGGAUUGGGUUGGCAGCGAAGAGCUUCGCUCGGCACUGGUCAAUGGCGAUGACGGUGCUGGCUCAGACAGUAUCUUGACGAGGUCAUUUGAGUCCAUCUGGGGCGCGAACAAGGAGAAUCAGCUCUUCUCGUCAGCCAAUGCCGAGCACGGUGUGCUAGAGGACUUGAACCACCGCAUGCGCUACCAGAAACGAAGGCUUCAAAAGUGGCAGAGCUUUCAGGAGAAAUUGCUGGGCUCAAAGUCCUCAAAUGCAAAGGGUCCAGGUGCUGCUAACAAGGGCGAUGGCAUGCAGUUCGACCGGCAUCAGAAUUUGACCCUUCGCGACAUGGAGCACGACCCACCGUCACCGCCCUCGCCCAUGAAACACCAUCAGAAACAUGACAGUGUCACCAAAUACGACGAGAUCCUGACGGCCAUGCGAGAGGAACUGCGAAAGAAGUCAGUGGUGCAGAAUGCUCCAGUCCCUGAGCUCGAGGCGACACCACGAGCAAGACCACAGUCGUACCGGAAACCCAGCGUCUCCCACGACUUCGCCAUGAAUAACAUAGAGCCACAUCAACGCUCGAACUCGCAGACGGCAGUCCCCAUGCGUCCUAUCUUCGGCAAACGUAUGUCCUCGAGAUCACGCUCAUACCAACAGCCAAAGGUCAUCAGUCAGCGAGAGCCUAUCCCGUUGAAGUCAGAGAUCUUCUCGCCUCUUAAGACGAAGCGUAGUAGUAUCUCGCCGAGCUCUUCUGGGAGAAUGUCCAUGCUCUCCUCACCUGUCGAGGACCCCUCAUGCAACAAACAGCUGGACGAUGCGAUCGCGGGAGCUGCUCGUCGAAUGCGACAGGACAGCGAUAUCAGCAGUAUCAAUGAAGGACAAGGUCUUGGGAUAUCUUCCAACAGCACCCCUACACGAGGCAAUUCAGGAACGAGCACCCCAAAGUCAGCACGGUCGAGCAUUGGUAAUCCAGACAGUGCAAUAGAGCUGCCGUCCAGAAUCUCCAAUCUCGGCGUCGCAGGAAGGAACAUGGACAGCAUGGGCAGGACUGUGCGACCCUCGCUUGCAGACCGCACCCGCAUGUCAAUGGCAUUCAAGAGUGCAGAUGAGCUUGGCUCCAUCAAUCCAGAGAUGCAAGGAUCCAAUAUCGGCGACACAGCAGACGCAGUCGACUCGCCUCACUUGCAUACCGCUUCCGCACAGGCCAUGCUCGAACGUCGACCUACACUCCACGAACGCACGCGACAAUCCAUAUCACUUGCGCCGCAGCCCGCAUCUGCACCUACCAUCACAAAACGAACGAGCAUCCACGCUCGAUCCCGCACAGCAUAUCCCAUCAACCAGUUUGAGACCCCCCAGAAGGAUCAGGCACCUCGAAGGUCCACAGUCGGCACGAACCACCUCGAUGCAGAGGAAGACACACCACAGAGAAGCAUCACGCCGCGGGAGAAGCUGUUCGAGCAAGACGCCGAAUAUGCCAGCAUCUUCAAACCCCGACCGAAAGUCGCGCUGAGUCCUGUCAUGAGCCCUUCUUUUGUCAGCGAAAGCCCGAUUGACGUCGACAGUGUUGAGAACGUAGGCCUGUCGAGUCCAUUGACGGGCAGAAAUGAAUGA